AUUUGUUAAUAAUUUUUGUGUGAAUCAUAUUGUUUUUAAUAUAGAGGUAGCUAUUUUACUGAAACCAUGAAUAAAGUACUUUUAGUAUUUGUUUUGACAAUUGUCGUAAGUCAAGUACUUGCUGAAACUUCUGGUCGCGUUGGAUUCAACCUAAAAUGCGGAGAAAAUGCUGUACAAGGUUGUGCUCCUUGUUGUCCAGAAGCAGAAGCAACUUGCUCCAACAAAGUUCCUCAGAAAUGCUCUGGUAUUUGUACACGUGAAUGUAGAAUCCAAUGUCGUUGUAUUCAAGGAUACUUGAAAGACACAGAAACUGGAAAGUGUGUAAAAGAAUGUUAAUUUUCUAGUUCUAAAAACCUUUAAUAUAAAUUUAUUAAUUAAUGGUGCAAUGUAAAAUAAAAAUGUAUCAAAUA